AUGCCUGCCGCUUUCGUGCCCCAUCGCCAUGGUUAUGCCAUGGUGAUAGCUUGCCAAGUCGUGUAUUGGUCAGGUUGGGCCCAGUACAAUUGGAUCUUCCUGCCACGGUUGCGGGAGGAGCUUGAGAUGGUUUGGGCACCAGGGGUCUCUGCAACAACGGUUGUCGGCGUCAUUUUCAACGUCGUGUUUUUUCUCGCCGUGUGGUCUUUCAUGCGAACUCACUGCUCCGAUCCUGGCGGUAUCACCGAGGAGUGGCGAUGUUUUGUGCGCGAGAACCACUUGAAGAUCCACGAGCCGAGAUUCGCCUGGCAGCCCGCGCAGGCAACUUGGUGCAGCAAGUGCGAGGAUAUCCGGCCAGAGCGGGCCCACCACUGCUCCUCGACCAACAAAUGCGUCUUGCGUUUCGACCACUACUGCCCCUGGACUGCGAACAGCAUCGGUGCUCUGAACCACAAGUUCUUCGUCCUCGUUGCGUUCUACACAUUCCUCUCGAAUCUUAUAGCUGCGACGACGAUGCUGCCAGUGGCAGUGCACAUCGUGAUCGAGUGGUUGGGCGGCGAUCCUAACCCGACCGCCUGGCCAAACGCGGUCGUCAUAAUUCUCGCUGCCAUGCUUGCUUCUGCCCUUACGUGGCUUUACGGGGACAUGUGCCGAGACCACUUGUCCAAGGCGUGCCACAACAUCACGUCAGUGGAGGUAAACUACACCAACAUGCGCAAUCCCUAUGACUUGGGGAAUAAUCGUUUGAACCUGUCCGAGGUGUUCGGCGACUUCGGGCCCGACUGGUUCAUUCCGGUUCUGCCCCAGCGGCCACGUUCCGACGGCAUCUCGUUCGAGCGAAGGUGUGAGAAGAAGAGGGUCGAUGAGCGCAAGCAGCUGGUGCACGACGCGGACACCUUGCUGUACUUCAGGGCCAGCGCACGCCGAGACUCGCUGCGGAGCGGCGGGGCGACGAACACGACGUGCGAGGGACACCGGGUGACCACCUUUGGGCUGCCAGAGGUCGAGACGGACUAUUCCAAGGGGGGGUGCUCGGAGAACCCAGCCGGGGAGGGCAUCGAGGGCAUCGGGGCGCCCUUCUCGCGCGCAAGGCGCGUGUGCGCCGUCGCGCGCCGGCCGCAGUGCGCCGCGCGCGUGCCGAGGCGCGUGCCGAGGUGCCCUCGCUGCCCUGGCACGCGGCGCGCGCGCGCGGCCGCGCUCGGGGCCCUGGCGGCCAUGCGGCGCUCGGGGCUGCCCCUGCUCGGCCCGGCGGCGGCGCUCGUGCCCCUGUGCCUGGCCGGCGCCCGCGCGGCGGCUCCGGGGCCGCCGCCGCCGCUGGGCGGGCCGUACUGCUCCCAGCACGGCGCGUGCGCCUCGUGCGUGCGGGAGCCCGCGUGGGUGCACUCGUGCCAGUGGUGCGCGGCCGACCAGCGCUGCUACUACUGGGGCAACCCGUGCGGCGCCAACCGCACCGUCACGAACGCCUCCCUCUGCCCCGCUCCGACGCCCGCGCGGACGAGCUUCAGCACGGGGGAGGCGUACGGCAUGUUGCUGCACUCCAACGCCGUGUACUACGACGACCCGAUCGCGAAAGGGGUGCUUCCGCCGAGCUUCCGGCUGAACAAGUCGAUGAAAUAUUCCAUCGGGGGACGCCUUCGCGUACGUCGGCGUGGACGACGGCUCCGGCCGCGUCGUUGUGGCCUUCCGGGGCACCCUGACUUGGACGCAGCUGUUCGACGAGCUUCUCCAGCACGCCCUCGUGAACGUGACGUGGGCACCGCAGCCCGACGCGCUCCUCAACGAGUACUUCGUGUGGGCCGUGGACAGUCUGUGGGGCAACCUGAGCGGCGCCCUGACGGACAUCCAGAGAACGCACCCUGGGUAUGA